AUGUUCAGAUCUGCUUUAAAAUUAACCAAUACAAUUAAACCACAAUUCUCUAUAACUUCAUAUUCAAGAUAUCAAGGUUCUUCUAUACUACGUUGUUAUUCAACUAAAGUGGAAGAUUAUUUUAAAUGGAAAGAAUUAAAAGAUGAUGAUAAACGUAAAUUUAUAACUGAAUUUGUUGAACAAUAUAGAGCUAAAAACAAGAAGACAAAAAACUAUUAUAAACAAUUAGCUAGUGAUAUGGAUGUUUAUGAUGAUAUUCCAAGUGUUUUCGGAUUAUUAUAUAAUGAUUUGAUUGAAAAAAGUGUUAAUAAUGAAGUCACACCAGAAUUUGAUGAAGAGUUUUUCACAUUGUUGUAUAAGAAAUAG